ACUGCGAGAGCCCGCCGCCCGCCUCUGCUGUUGGCGCAGGCGCCGCUGCGGCUCGGGGCUCGGGGAGGAGCGGACGCCGCCGGCGAGGAUGGUGCUGGAGAGCGUGGCCCGCAUCGUGAAGGUGCAGCUCCCCGCGUACCUGAAGCGGCUCCCCGUCCCCGAGAGCAUCAGCGGGUUCGCCCGGCUUACAGUUUCAGAAUGGCUUCGGUUAUUGCCUUUCCUUGGUGUACUUGCACUACUUGGCUACCUUGCAGUUCGUCCAUUCCUCCCAAAGAAAAAACAACAGAAGGAUAGCUUGAUUAAUCUUAAAAUACAAAAGGAAAAUCCCAAAGUGGUGAAUGAAAUAAACAUUGAAGAUUUGUGUCUUACUAAAGCAGCUUAUUGUAGAUGUUGGCGUUCUAAGACGUUUCCUGCCUGUGAUGGUUCACAUAAUAAACACAAUGAAUUAACAGGAGAUAAUGUGGGCCCACUAAUACUGAAGAAGAAAGAAGUAUAAUAACUGCAGUUGUGGCAGCAUCACCAAUCUGGAGACCAGGAGAGAUGUACUAGUAACACACAUGUACUUUAUUCAGAAAUGAAUGCCUCAGGUCCCCAUCCUCACAGUCUCCUUUUUUCUUACAUCACACCUGAUUCUAACAUGUUUGGUUAUCUGAUUUCUGCUGAACAAAUCACAAGUAUCUACAGGGUCCUGUGAGAGGUAGGGAAACAAUAAAACAUGACAGCUGACUUCAGGGGAGGAGGAAACCAAAAAAUAAAUUUAAUGUGAAAAGCCUGGCACCUCAAGACCAUUUAAUAGAGGAUCCUGCACAUCACAGUCCCAUCAAAAUAUACAAGUCAUAUUUGAUGAUGAAUUUGAAUCAAAAGUACUAUAUGAUGUUUAAAAUAUGUUUAUUUUAGAAAGGAAAGGAGAGGGAAGGAAACAGAGAGAGAGAAAAAAAACAUUGAUCUGAGAAACACCAACUUGUUGCCUCCUGUACACACCGCAAGUGGGAGUUGAACCCACAACCUGGGUAUGUGCCCUGACCAAGAAUUGAACCGGUGACCUUUUGAUGCACAAGAUGAUACUCAACCAACAGAGCCACACUGGCCAGGUAAAUACUAUAUGGCAUUAAGAAGGUAGGAUAUGUGUUGUAUUUGAUGAUUCCAGUUUCCACUUGAAAUAGUUAAAAGCUCAGUGCUUAAAGUGGUACAUCCUGGCCCUAGCUGGUUUGGCUCAGUAGAUAGAGUGUUGGCCUGCAGACUUGAAGGGUCCCGGGUUUGAUUCUGGCCAAGGGCACAUGUCCGGGUUGCAGUCCCCAGUGGGGGGAAAGGGGUGUGUAGGAGGUAGCCAAUCAAUGAUUCUCAUCAUUAAUGUUUCUAUUUCUCCCUCUCCCUUCCUCUCUGAAAUCAAUAAAAAUAUAUUUAAAAAAAAUAAAGUGGUAUAUCCUGGCUGAAAAUUUGUGCAGGAAAUAGCUUGACUCAUUCUUUGAUAUUUGGAGGCUUAUCAUAGGAAGUUUUUCCAUUCAACUGAAACAUUUUUCAUUUCAUGACUAAUACAUUACAAAAUUUAAUUUGUUAAAGUAUGAGGAAAACUAAAUAAAGGAAUGGUGAUUUAAACCACAUGAAUUGUGUUAGGUGACCUCCCCCCUCAGAGAGGAUUAUAGUCACGUUUAAAAACCACUUAGCAGCAGUUCACUGACUGCCUCACGGCCUGGCUGGCCCUUUGCACAGCAGCUGGAAUGCAGAGGACUCCAUGGCUGUUCUUUGGUUGGUUUGUUUAUUGUCUGAGCUGUGCUGCAUCAUCGGAGGUUGGGCUUUAGUUUGUCAGAAAAGUCUUUUAUUGGAAGCUCACUUUAUUUUAUCAUGUUCACAUGGUCUACUUUUAACUUUGGCUCCGGUUUCAUACAGUCAUGUAGCAAACAUUAUUUUAAUAUAAAAAGUAGGCAGUCCAUAUUAGGUGCUGUAUUAGCAGUUGUAUUAGUUAAUUUUGUUAUGGUCUUGAAAGACAUUGAAAAUCUGUUAGAGGCAUAUUUAUGUCUUUCAGUCAGAGGACAUCACUCUCCUUUGGUUUCAAUGCUGAUUGUUUGCUCACACAGUAUACUAGUAUCUGUGACUGUUCUCAGAGCUCUGUUGUCAAACAGAUCAGCCACAAUGUUAACAAAUUCCUGAUCUCUGCUAUAAGGCUGUAAUUUUCCAAAAUAAUGUAGAAAAGGGGAAGAGGGUAAUAAAUUGCAUAAUUACAGAGAUGAACCCUGUACUAGUGAGAAAAUAAAACUGU